UAAGCGUCACGGACGACCAGAAGUGGUGGUCGUAAAAGCAUUACAUUUCCUAUUAAGUCUUUAGUCGCAGGUCACGACUAUCUGGUUAAUCUUUUAAAUGAAACCUGAAUCUCACGGGGGAUUUCUUUAAGUUUACCGUGGAGGAAUGUCAGAAGUUUCUUUCGAAAAUUCAAGGAGAGUAAUUUAUAUACAAAUGGUCUUUUUAUAGUUAAAGUAUUCCUUUAAGUUUCAUCUAGCAUCGUUUUAUUUUUCUACUUCCAGAUGUUUCUUAUUCCUUCAUAAUAUGUUGUAGUCCUGUAUCUAUCCAAAUGUUAACUACAUGUUCUCUCUCUCUCCUCUCAAUGGAUGCAGUCAAGUCUAAAAGUGCAGAAUGGGUGUGUUGCACUCAACACAGAGUAAGGAAGGCGAAAAGUGUCAGCAUGUUACAGAAGUAGUCCAAGCUGACAGCAACAGCAGUGAAGAGGAAACAUCGACAGCUGCCACACAACAAAGAGAUUUGUGGAGCAUUGAGGAAGAUUCCACUGUGCACAUGUCUGACAACAGUGCCACUGAAAUAGGAGUGAGGAUGCCAGAAGGUUCCAAUGAGUUGAAGAUUUGUGUUACAGACGAUGUUAACAUCAUGAAGCUGGUUUCAGGCAUUGCAAGUGAUGGCAUAACUCAGUCCCCUAGGGAAAGAGGGUGUCCAAAACUCACAAAGCACAAAGAGCAGGAAGAAUCGGGAGAUGUCCAUGCUGACAUUUCUGUUCAAACUCAAGUUUCCCAGGAACCGGCCAGUAAUGAAGACAGCCUUAUGAGUCCGACAGACCAAUCUCCUAAGAAAAGAGGCAGGCCAAGGAAUUCUGAGACGGCUGAUGUCAAAGACUCACCGAAGGGAGACUCUGAAAUACCAACAAAAGGUCGUCCAAAAAGAUCCACGAAGCACAAGUUUGAAUGUUUAACAAGUGAAGAGAAUAAGAGACCGACGCUGGGGUCCGAGUUGAGCAGUGAGGAAGAAGAGGAGGAGGAGGAGGAUGAUGAUGAUGAUGGAAGCCUAUACUCUCCAAUAAGGAAGAAAGGUCGACCUAGGAAGGUGGUAACACCAGAGGGGUCGACACAGAACACAUCAAAUGAAACCCCAGAGACGGCUAAAAGAGGGAGGCCGAGAAAAAGUAUCGUACAGGAGAGCGGAGAUGAACAGGAACCGCCAGUUAAGAAGGCAAUGAGUCGACCGAAAGGCAGUUUCAAAAAGAAGGUGCCCGAUGAGGAAGGCCAGCCUGAGAGUAGCCCGCCCCAAAAAGUUCUAGCCAAAAUGGGAAGGCCACGAAAAUCCCCUUUGUCCACCCUUGAGGAGCUGAAUGCGCCAAAAGUACAGAAGAAGCUUGGAAGGCCUCGCAAGAGUUUAGUCGCCUCUUCAUCCUCACCAAGCAGGGAUGUUGACACCCCAAAAAAAAGGGGUCGUCCCCCAGGUACUCAAAAAAGUGACGUUGGUACCCCAAAAAAAAUGGGCCGCCCUCCAGGUACUCCAAAAAGUGAUGUUGGCACCCCGCAUAAGAGGGGUCGCCCUAGAGGUUCAGUCAGACAAAGGGAUGCCAAGCUCGAGACCACCCUCACCGAACAUUCAGAAGGAAGUGAUGCAUCAUCUGAUGAGGAAGAGUCGGUAGAAUAGGAGGUGGGGCGAAACACAGAAACCUCAUCCCAAUACUCCUCCUCGACUCCUCCUUUCCCUCACUCGCUUCCCUUCCUUGCGUCUUAGCUCCGCCUCCGUAAGAUGCGAGCGAGAGACACGAGGAGGUGACGCGAGGACAGAGGAGUCCUCAGGUAUUAAUUGGGAUGGCCUCGUUCACUCAAACGUCACUUUUAAACGACGUCUGUUAAUGAUGACAUGUGCACAGCUGUAUCCCCUCUCAUCGGGCUUAACUGAAUAACCCCUUAGAACCGGCCCAUUUG